AUGUUUGAGGGGGCGGGUGGAGCGGCGGCCGGAGCGGUUGCCGGAGCGGCGGCAGGAGCGGUGACUGCCCCUUCUCACGCUUCCGAGCGGGACUUGAUCCUCAGAGUGGCGGGCUGCUCCGCCUCUCCGGUCCAGCGACUGGCCUUGUUUUGGGAAUAUGAGGAUCUAGCCAGUCAACCGGUUCUUGCCCUUUUUCUACUCGUGGCACUUUUCUCUCCUCACUUCCCAUGUUUUGCGUUUCCACAAAUUUUUCACAAUUGUUGUGACGCAGCAUGUAGUAAGUCAAGCAGUGGCUCAUUUGGUUUGGGAGCAGCGUUGGCUGGCUCGACGGGUCACUGGCUGGUCCAGCAUCUCAAAUCGUCAGACCUCGACCGCCAUACUUUGGUCUAUCUCAAGGAGAUUGGCAACGGCUGGUUCGGCAAGGUGUUGCUCGGGGAGGUCAACGCGGGUCUCAGCACCACCCGGGUGGUGGUAAAAGAGCUGAAGGUCAGCGCAAGUGUCUGGGACCAGAUGCAGUUCCUGGAGGAGGUCCAGCCAUAUCGGACCUUGCAGCACGCCGCCCUCCUGCAAUGCCUGGCCCAGUGCUCGGAGGUCACGCCUCAUCUGCUGCUCAUGGAGUUUUGCCCUUUGGGUGACCUGAAAAGCUAUCUCCGCAGUCGCCGCCUGUCGGAUUCGGACAGUCCCGACCCGCUCGUCCUCCAGCGAAUGGCACGUGAUGUGGCUUCGGGGCUUUUGCACCUCCACGACAAUGACUUCAUUCACAGUGACCUCGCCCUGCGGAACUGCCAGCUCACAUCAGAAAUGUCUGUGAAAAUCGGGGACUACGGCCUCGGUCACAGUCUCUUUAAGGAGGACUAUUACGCAACGCAAGAUCAGAUUUGGGUGCCUCUGCGCUGGAUGGCGCCAGAGCUCAUAGACCAAGUCCACGGAAACGUCUUGGUCGUUGAUCAGACUAAGGCAAGCAACAUAUGGUCGUUGGGGGUCACUGUGUGGGAGUUGUUUGAGCUCGGACAUCAGCCGUAUCGAUGGUACUCUGACAAACAGGUGCUGAUGUACGCCGUGCGAGAACAGCAGCUUAGACUGCCCAAACCGCAGCUCAACUUUUCCCUGGCAGAGCGCUGGUAUGAGGUCAUGCAGUUCUGCUGGCUGCAGCCCGACCUGAGACCGAGGAGCGAGGAAGUUCACCUCCUGCUCACACACUUGUGUGAGAAAGGCUCCAGUGAGGAAGGGGAGGAUUUCCAAGAACGCCCAAAUUCCUUGAGACCAAAAUUGCUUGGCACCCCAUCCCCAGUGGCCGCACCUGCGCCCCUUGACCUCACCGCCCCGCCUCGGGCAGCGGAGCUGGCCUUGUCAUCCUUCCCCCUGCUGGGGCGCUUCUCUGAGAGCUUUCACUCGGAUGCGGAGGAUGACUUGCUGACAGUCACCGAGACAAGUCACGGUCUCAACUUUGAGUACAAGUGGGACCAGGCCCGAGCAGAGCAGCCCCACUGCUCGUCGUCCACCGGCGGCCUGCUGGGCCAGGUGAACCCGCAUUCCCAGGACGUCUACUAUUCAAGCGAGGCAAGCGCCUCAGUUGGAUGCAGGCAUGAGCCUGAGCAUGCAGGUGUGGUCCCUGUGCUGAGUGCCCGCAGCCCCUCGGUCCGCAGCGACUACUACAUUCGGAUUGAGGACACAGUGGAAUAUCGCAUUCACAUGGACCACAAUCCUGCGCUGAAAGCCGGUGGCCCUCGGUCGUCUCCUCAAAGUCAGACGGCUUCAACCGCUGCACAACCGAAUGCUUUCCAGUCAACGGCAGCUGGGCUCCGAUCGAUCGCCUCCGAUUGCGGGUCGGGCUCCGCUGUACAGCCAACCGCCGAACCACUGCUUCGACAGGCAUCCGGUCCGGCGAUGUUUGGCCACUCCCAUAGAGACUCCUCUUCCUUUCGAGCUGCUCCGUCGGAUUCAGAACACGCCAAUAUCUGUGAUCCGCUGGCAUUGUCAGAAAAUAAGCAGAGUCAGACGCGAGCAGCGAGCGGGCUGAGCUCAGGCUUGUGUGAUCUCUAUCUAACAGACGAAAGCAGAUGCCGUACAAUGAUGGGACCCGUUGGACAGACUCGACUCGUUGUUGGUCCAGAUGUUAAAAGAGGCGCCGGCCCGCUGGGGGGUCGUCGGAGGAGUGGGGUCAGUGACGAGUCCACUUUCCCUGAGGAAGAAGCCACAAGCUGGACCUCCAACCAUUCUGCCAAGAAUAAUACCCCACACCAUUAUAACGCCACAGAAGUGUGGUCUUUAACCAAAGACACCACCAAAACCUUCCGGAGUUGCAGGACUUUUCCAGAGGAGACGGAGAGAGGGCAAUCUCCCUGGAGCGCUGCCAACAAACUCAAAGAACGAGACAGUAGGGCCGGUCCACAGGAAAACAACCUGGCUAAUACAAGUCAGAGUGCCCCAGAAAAUGAAACACCGCAAUUGUUACAGAACGGAGAGAGAUUGCACUCCAGGCCCAACAUAAGACCCGAUGCCACCUACGUCGAGUCCCCUUCAUCCUUUAAGGAAUGUCAUAGCUGGAUUCAAGCUCCAGAGAAGCCGAGGGCUAACAAUCGGGAGGCGGAUUCAACCCCAGUCUCUGUUCUUACUUGUUUAUCCUUCAAUGGAAGCAGAGAAUUGACAAGUGGACCUGGGCUCAGAGACUCUGGCGCUAGCCUCGUGGAGCUCACAGACUACAGUGACGAAGAUGAUAACUUUGCAGACAUCACAUCAAGCAUUUUUACAGACUUCAACCUUGACUAUGGUGACAUGCAGGAGGAAGAGCUAAGCCCGCUUAAGAACCCGGAGGGAACUCCCGACUCAGACACCACAAAACUCUUGUGGUCAGUGGCAAGCACCUGCAAUGGAGCCUUCAGCCCAGACUCGCUCAGCACUCCUGCCCAGCCCAAGUCCCUGGACAGCGGCUAUGACACAGAAAAUAAUGGGUCUCCAGAGUUCAUAUUUAAUGAGCUUUUAGGGCCACAAACAAGUGCAAGUGGACUCAUUGUGCAAGUGGGUACGCAGCAAAAUCUCGGCGGCACCUCAAAGGUCCACUACAAGUACAUCAUUGAUAAAAACACAUACCGGGACUCUGCCUAUUUCUCUGACUAUGAUACUGAAAUCAACAAAAGCCCGAAGGAGGAAGGCGCAAAAUUCUUUGCCGAUCCAAGUAAAUGCCACUUGGAUGGUGGGAAACUGAGCUCUUCUAGAGAUCCAGUGAAAAGGGAGGAGUUAAAUAAAAAACCCAGCUGCAUUUCGGCAAGAGCCUCUGAGCCAAGCUCUCCCCAUUCUUUUUGCACACCUGUAAUGUCCACCUUGUCACCCUUGCCUGUGCAGAUGGGCGGGUGCCUGACCAAAGAGGCGGCCGCAGACCAUGACCAGCUAGACUUGGACAGAGAGUACCAAGAGGAGCCCUGCUCGGAGCUCAGCUCCUCUGUUGACUCGGGAGCCUCGCCCGUCAAGGAGACUUCAACAAAUGACCAAGACGGAGGUGACGGAUCCCAAGACUGUUGCCAUGGACAGAUUUCAUGCACAAACUCCACUGCAUCUGAUUGCCGCGACGAGCAACCCAAAGAGAAGCAAAGCGCAGAUCAAUCCAUAGACGAGGAAGAGCUGCCAGAAUUCAUGGAAGCACUGGCGGAGAGAGGGAUGAACGAGGAAGACUUUGAGGACAUUGAUGCGGAGGAAUGGGACUCGCAGGACAGCUCAUGCCAAGCAUCAAAUGAAGCCUCAUUUGAGGCGUCGGCGGCACAGUUUGAUGCUUUAAGAGCCCCGCUGGAGGCGGCCGAAGACGACUCGGAUGACAGCGAGUUGGAUGAAGAGUUGCGGACCUACAGCAUCCAGGAGGAGGAUGGCGAGGGGAGCCACGAGGAUCUGAGCGCAGUGCCGGUGGUGGUGAGUGACAGCAGGGGGGCGAGGCAUCUCCACAGUCUCCUAAAAAUGCCAACGCUCCUUACUCAGUCCCUCUGUGAGGCCCUAGAGAGAAAGAAAAAGACAGUGUCCUUCUUUGAUGAUGUCACCGUGUUCCUCUUUGACCAGGAGAGCCCAACUGGGGAUCUGGUCGACGACAACUUCUCCACCGAAGACGGAUACAGUGGGAAUGGGACGAAAGAUGACGUCACCUCCAACCUGGAUGAAAACAUGUCAAACGUGGAUGAAAACAAACUUGAAGCUUGUGAAGAAACAGACGGAGACAGGGCAGAGCACGCUUUGAAGUGGGAGGGGAAUGUGGCACUUGAGCCUUGCCAACGUUGGCCCGACACGGCAGCACUCGCUUCCCCUUCAAACGAGGUGGCAAAAAGUGUGGCGCUCGAUUGGUACCUGGCCUCCAGCAAAUUCUCCAUCAUGCAGGUGUCAGGGGAGCCCAAAGAAGGUCCAAAAGACUGAGAGGCCAUCGGUGGACAGUUGCUCGAGCCUUCAUCCUUUCCCCCCUUCCAAACCACGCAUUGCCGCAUCCGUAUGGAUGUAUACAUAGUUUAUACAAUGUGCAUACUUUGUGAUGACGGACCGUCUUAGCCCAAAGUGGACGCCAGCCACACUUGUGUUGGCUCCAUGGUUGCAUCAAAAAGAGCUUCAUUGAGUCAUUGCCUCUGCCCAACAUUUUUCAAGGACUCUUGCACGCUCUUCCCAGCGGUGGAAAAUGAAGAUCUUUUUAUUCUUUAAGAUCUUAUCGGGGGAAGGUUUUAGUAAACAAUCACAUACAGUACAAAUCUACUGAUAUGAAAAGUCUACACACCCCUGUUCAAAUGCCAGAUUUUGUGCUAGAACUGAAAAAAAAUAAUAUCCACCCACCUGUCGCCAUUUAAAGAGCGCCCCUACAAAAGGUUCUGAUGUUCUGGUCGGCUUUUCCUGCCAUCGCUUGCUUUAAAAAGCUUACUAGACGAGCAAAAGUAUUUAGGGUCUCGUUGGAGGCAUUAAAAAUGAUCAGUCCGUACCUUCAGACUUAACUCUUGAAAGUAAAGAUUUGUUUCCCUGUUGACUUGUACAGCUUAGAGGUCAUAUUCAUGAUGAAGGGAAAAAAAAAAAAAGCUUUGAAAGGAUUACUCUUUAACAGGGGUGUGCAGAUUUUUCAUAUAGACUGGACCUUGGAAACAUGAUAAAAAUGUCCAAGUUGUGUGUCCUUUUCCACUGCAUUGCAGAAGCGAGGGAAGUUUUCAUGCCGUGCUAUCGUCAUACAGUCCUCGGCGUCUGCACGUCCACUUCGUCUUAAGCAAAUACGCGGCGGAUAGUGGGACUCGAAUGAUGAGUGUGACGGCUCCCUCUGGCUGGAUGAAGCAGCUGCUUUACUUUUUCCCGUUUUUUACUGCCAUUGAGCUCUUCCCAAAACAAAACACGGAAAAGCAUCCUCCCUGGCCGACUGGCUGUGUCUGCUCACUUCUUUGCUGUCAAAUACCGUGAACGCGUUUUAAGGACACGCCAGGGAAAAGACAAAUGGCAGGAAUACAUAUUCAGGAAGACAAGCGCAAAAGCUUUUCUUAGGAGCGUGCAUACAUAUGUACAAUCUUUUCUGAGAAAAAAAAAAAAAGAACUUACGAGAAGGAAGUUAUAUAACUACCAGAUUUUAUUUCUAUGUGAGCAUUUGCCCCCAUCCAACAAGAGCAACCAUGUCAAACGAUGGCAGGUUUGUCCUCCUCAAAUGUUCGCACCCUUCUCGUUUGGUAUGGCACCAAACAAAAACGUGCCGAAAAUGAAAAGAAGAAUUGGUGCGCAUGAAACGUCUGUCUACUGGGAUUUAUUUGGGAUUUUUCUGUACAUAACAGAGAAAAAGUCUGAAAAGCAAGUCUGAAAAGCAUUUGCGGCUGCAGCCGGAUUGCGUGUCAAGCUAUUCCCUCGCCACGUGCCCAAGCUCAUCAUUGUUUCAAUUAUCAAUUUUGCUUCAAACUGAGAAGAAAAACCUUGCUUCAAUCUGCGCCUUGUCACAUUAGCAAGCAACCCCACCCCUAAGGACAAGACUGAGAUUUCACCUCACCCUGUGAAGAGCAUCGAUAUGAAGAGGAAGGAAGGAGCCUUAUCUGGGUAAAAUUGCAAAAAUAUAUAAAGGAGGGGAACAACAAUUACAAAAGAAAAUUGCAGAGGGCUCAAGUCCUUCACCAAUCUGCAACUGCAGCAGCAUUUGACAUGAGCAAAUGAUCGCGGCCAGAACUUGGAUUUACAAGGGGGUAGGACGAGCUUUGCCAUGAGCUCACGCACACACGUAGAAAAAUAACGCAAUGACAAAAGCAGAUAUCAGAGAAGCGCAGAAUUUGCAAAGAACAAACGGCCAAACAUUGUCAGGAAUGUCAAGAAGGCAAGGAUUAGCAAAACGCAUUUUCGCCGGGCCAUGACAACGCAGAAAGAAUGAAAAAGAACGCAGCAUGACCGAUACUCGCCUGUGACAGCUGACGAUGUUUUCUGCCUCGCUUAUGAAUAUUCAACACAUAAAGCUUAUUGCUGCUUUUGUAACAUCAGUAACGAUCACCCAAAGUGACAGCGUCACGCAAGAAAAACGCCACAGAUUAGGCGGCAAAAAAUAAAGACACAAUGUUGUGAGGAUCAAGUCUUUUUGAUGUGCACGUGUCGGGAAAAAAAAUCACUCGACUGGAAAAGAGUCAUGUUGCAAGAAUACAAUUGUCAGAUUACAGGUAUCAAAGUGGAAAUUCUCUGGAAAAAGUCGCAAUAUUCAAAGAAUAAAGUGAGAUUUUUGUAAAGUUA